UUGACCCACUUUAUCCACCAGGAUGGAGCCUCCCACAUGAAGCUGAAGCCAGGAAAUUGUGGUUGCCUAGCAAGUUUUACAUCUACGGUGCAAAGUUUGAAGACGUGUUGUUCGGCUGCUGUCGGUGCUGUAAACUGGAAACCCACAGCAACUAUUUUGAAACACAUUUUCCCCUUCGAGGUCCAGGUGGUAACUCUGACGGUGCAAGAUGUCCGUCGCGGGAUUUAAGAAGCAAUUUUAUAAAGCAAGCCAGAUGGUGAGUGAGAAGGUUGGAGGAGCAGAGGGAACCAAACUGGAUGAAGACUUCAAGGACCUUGAGAGGAAAGCAGAUAUUACCAGCAAGGCAGUGGUGGAAGUCAUUGGUAAAACAUCAGAGUACCUCCAGCCCAACCCGGCAACCAGAGCUAAGCUUUCAAUGCUCAACACAGUGUCCAAAAUCCGUGGUCAGGUGAAGAGUCCAGGCUACCCCCAACCUGAGGGCCUCCUGGGAGAGUGCAUGACCAAGUAUGGACGAGACAUGGGCGAGGACACCAACUUUGGUGGGGCUCUAACAGACUUUGGGGAGUCAAUGAAGAGAUUGGCAGAGGUCAAGGACUCUCUGGAUAUUGAUGUAAAACAGAACUUCAUUGACCCACUGCAGGCAGUCGUUGAGAAGGAUAUCAAGGACAUUCAGCACCACCUGAAGAAGCUUGAGGGCCGUCGUCUGGACUAUGACUAUAAAAAGAAACGCCAAGGUAAAAUCCAAGAAGAAGAGAUCAGGCAGGCCCUGGAGAAGUUCCAUGAGUCAAAAGAGCUGGCUGAGAGCUCCAUGCACAACCUGCUGGAAACAGAUGUGGAGCAGGUAAGUCAGCUGUCAUCUUUCGUGGAGUCUCUGGUGCAGUACCACAGGCAGGCUCUGCAGAUCUUCGAGGACCUUUCUGACAAACUGAGAGAAAGGGUGAACGAUGCUCAGUCUCGUCCAAGACGUGAAUACACACCCAAACCCAGACCAGCCUUUGACUACGGAGAGGUAGAAGACUCUAACGGGGGAUACUCACCAGCUGCAGCAAGCCCUCCAGCAUACUCUCCUGCCCUUGCACAAUAUCCAGGUCCGUCCUUCCAGAGAUCCUCCUUCAAAAGCAGACCUUCUGAGCCAUGCUGUAAAGCCCUGUAUGACUUUGAGCCAGAGAACGAUGGAGAGCUUGGCUUUCGCGAGGGUGACGUCAUCACUUUGGUCAGUCAAAUUGAUGAGAACUGGUAUGAGGGAAGCCUUCGCGGCAAAUCAGGAUACUUCCCCAACAACUACGUUGAAGUGAUGGUGCCUCUGCCAUACUGAAAACGGCCAAGCGAGGGGGAGCAGCACAAUGGAGACGAUGAAAGGGGGCGUUGGGGAAGAGGAUCAGUCAAGUCUCAAUAUUCCAAAAAUAUUUUUUCUGUUGUAAUGAAAGGGUAUACACCUGAAGACAGGGACCUAAUUUUUGUAUCUAGGAAUUCUUUGAGUAAAGAAUUUUUUUUAUUCUGUCAGAUUUUGUCAGGGUUAAAAGGGUUUUUAAAGAGGGUAAAGAUAGAGGGGAGUUCAAUCAGAAAAAAUGAUGGCGUAAUGUUUGGGUGCAUCACCAUAUCUUCAGUCUUAACAUUCCUUUUCUAUGCACCUGUGCACUUUGUAUCCUGCACCUCUCUCACAGGACUGAUGAAGAAAGACUAAGAAAGAAUGAAUGACAUCUGUGACGACUUCCAGCAGUAUCCAUGAACACUAAAAAGUGCAACUACUUUAUUCUAAUAUUCUAAACCUAUUUAAUAUUCACAAGAGGACUACGUAUGUUCUUUGUAUUGUUCAUAUUGGAACUGCACACAUGCAUGUGUACAUAUGCCUUUUUUCUAAGCACUGUUUUCUACACACCCAGUUUCCACUCCUUUGCCUUCGGGCUUUAGUACUGUUUUCAUCGUGGACUAGUUAGAGUCAACAUGGAGGACUGGCUGCCCUUGGUCCAUGUUUGAGACUAUCUGUCACUGCCACCUGCUGGUAGUAAAGAUCAUUCUAAGCUGUUGGUUUGAAUGGCACUGUCAUUAUGUGGCCUCUCUUAACCAAAUCCCUGUUUGGUGGUUUGUCAGAUGUUUUAGUGUGGAGAAAAGUGUGAGAAAGUUUUAACAAACAUCAGCUAAGUUUAUUCAAGACAAACAAUUUGCUUAAUAGUUGAUUUAUAAAGAGCUGGAAGGCAUCUAUAAAUAUGCUAAGUUUUAUAACCUUUGUCACACUAAAUUGUUACUAGGUUAUCAGUGAUUUAAUUUACCAACAGCUGUUUCUCACUACACUCUCUUCUCUCAGAGCUGAUACCAAAGAAAGGUUGUAUGAAGCACCAAACUGGAUGAGGUUGUAUGCAUUUUGUACACAUUGGUGCACACAAUGUUGCAAAAUUAAGUUUGAGAUGAUUAUGUUCAAACAUCUUGUUUUCUCUUUCUAUUCACAUUUUAAAGAGGAGAUGCAGACAUUUGUUUCACAACAAAUAUAACAAGGCAACCUGACCCCAAAUGUCUUGCGACCCCAAAUGUCUUGCAGCAUCACACCGAAGCCAUAAGCCUACAUUGUUCAGUUCCUCUUUUUCUCAGGCUCUAUUGAUGCUGCUGGCAGUGUCACAAACAAUGUUCUGUGGGAUUUUACCUAACUGCUUGUCAGUGAAUUCUCAGUCUGUGAUUUGUGUCUCCCCCCCCCCCCCCCCCCAAUAGUGCUGGAGUUUGUCUUUAGUGCUCUAACGUAUAAUUUGGAGCAUGAAAAUUAAUCUGAUAUGUGUUUGGGUGUGUUUGGUUGUGCUUGUACCUGCCUCGUUUUCAUGUCGAAACUGUGCACCAGACCUGACAGAAAAUGCUAUCUCCUAACUAUUGUGCUAAGAAUUUACUAAUAAUGAGGAGGGCCUGUAUACAAUAGCCGGUUUCAGUUUCAAUUAAGCCUAUUACAAGCUGAGCAUGAACUGUGAGCGUCUGUGUUGUUCACUAAAAUGCCAACUUUCUCCUCUUGUCUUGAUCCCCUUGUUAGAACGCCCUCACCCCACUCAUCCCUCCCAUCUCUGUUUAAACAUGGAGUGGAACAGACAGGUCUUUUCAGCAGGGAAGGGCACACAGCAGUGGAUUACGCCCUCCCUCCCCCACUGGUCUUUAUUCACCACCUGCCCCUUUACCCCUACCCCCUUUCUCAUUAUUUGCCACAUCCCCAGUCCCAUAGUGCCUCUGGUGAACAGUCUCCUGGUCCAUCCCUGGGAUAAUCUUCUCAUUGUUAUCAUAGUAUGUGCCUCUUAAAUGUUGGGUUUGCAUGUUACUCAUGUUAUGUAUUUGGGCCAGGGGCUUUGGCUGUACUCUAAUAACUGUGUGGUUCAGGUGUGGGUUUACAUGCCUCAUUACACUAAAUUAAAAGCUGGGAGAGGGGAAAGGAAGGUCAGGGGUUCAGGUUGAGCUAUUAUGUAGCUCAUAUAAUAUUGAUCAUGAAUAAUGUCGUGGAACAAAGGGCUGAGAGCAUUUUUGUGCGUAUGUGUGUGCAUGUAUGUAUGUAUGUGUGCCGCUGCUGCUGAAAUAGUUGUCUGACUGCUUCAGCUGUCAUUGAUUGCAACACUACACUUUGUGAUGACUCCUAUUGUACCUAUGGCUUUAAGUAUCUCGAGAUUGCAAUAUUGAUAAAUGAAGUAUUAUCAGACUUUAAAGCUUUAUUUUAUUAUGCUCAAUGUUAAAGAAAUUUUCUGUGUUAAAAUGUAAUCACUUUGCAUGUGUCUUCAUUACAGCUUCUGUGUCUUCCUCAAUGCCUUUAUUUAACUGUGAUACUGUGGGGAGACUCAAAGUGGGAUUAUCCUGGAUUAUCUUUAGGAUAUAUGGAUUAGGCCUACCUCUAUACUAAUUGUAAUCUUCUAUGUAUUUUAUAUUGUUUAUUUUUUGUUACCUUGUCAAUGGGAAUGAAUGCUAUUUGUUUGCUUCUUCAAAUAAAUAUUAUAUAAUUUA